AUGAACAGAGAGCCAACUCAACUGGGUAUUAGGAUCACUGCCGGUGUUUUAACAACAGCGUUAGCUUGUCAUCUCUUGGUUGUUCGUUUUGUGCGCUAUCGCUACAUUAAUAAACUCAAACGCAAAUACCCAGAUCCAAGCAUAGCAUUGCGCGAUUUUGAUGUGGCAGAGGAAGUCUUUCAUAUCACUAGUCGACGGGAAUUUCCAUCAUUGGAACUCGCGCUAUUCCGGACGUAUGCGGUACCCACAAUUAGUAGACUGCUCUUUGCCACUGGCGAAUUCAGCAAAAACACUAGCAAGCGUGCCGAAGACACUGAGCUAAUCUUGCUUGAGCUUGCUGAUGCAUACUCUCAUAUUGAACUUUUAAGAAAAGGCAAUCGAGUUCCUACACAAGAAGAGAUCGAUGAACAACGCCAACGUCCAAAAGAUGCACUUGCACGGUUAAACGAAAUCCAUGGCAAAUAUCCUAUUUUGAACGGCGACUAUUUGUAUACACUUUCAUUGUUUAUUGUCGAACCCAUCAAGUGGGCCAUUUUUCGCUUGUGGUACGAAAUCGGGAAACGCAUGAAUUUAAAAGACAUUCCUCCAACAGUCCAAAAAAUGAUCGAGUUUAACAAGAAAUAUGCCAGAGAAAAUGUACAUCAUGCAACUACCAACUGGAAGGUUGGAAAACCAACGGUCGAGCAUCUAUUAGGCCGGUUCCCCAAAUUCCUGCAUCCCAUCCUGUCACCUAUCGUGUUCGGGUUUCUUCCAGCUUUACUGGAACCAGUGGAUGUAGCAGGAUUUGGUUUGAAGCCAGCACAUGCAUCCCUUAUCACAUUGGUCAGCAUAGGCUUCCAUAUUCGUGCGUUUUUCAUUCGCCAUUGUAUGCUGCCCCGUUACACAACAGUUUUGCGGACACCUCUUAAGCCUGAUCCCAAAACGAAACGUUACAAGCCCCUUUACAACAUGUAUGAUCCAACCUACCCAGAUGGUUACUGUAUUUUUGAGCUUGGACCUGAUAAAUACAAACCCAUGAAGUGCCCUAUACCCCAUUGA